UUUCACUUGCUAAUUAAAACAGGAACGCUGCUGCUCAAAAUGGUUAAAUUCUGGAGCGUGGCCAAAUUUCUGAUUUUGCAGGUGCUUGUAUCGUUGCCUCAAAGAAGUGAACAGGGGCCAUUAACGUGCCUAGAAGAAUGGAAGGCGGAAUUGAAGUCUAACAUAGCCACUAUUGGCAGGGAAUGGGGAAACGAAUUUGAUCAUUAUAUAAACGCUUUCCUACAAAAUCUACUUCAACAAUUGAAUGAUUCAUCUACGAAAGGCGAAGGUUGGACAAGUGAUGAACUGGAGGAAACAGGAAAGAGUGAUUCGAAUUUCCUUGAGCUACCGACUAAAGAACUGAAUAAAGUCAUCAGUUUACUUAACAAUUUAUUCGACGCACUCUUUGGCACACCUAAUCGUGAUGAUCAGCAGAGUGAUCAGAGCUCAAUGGAAGAUUUAUUAGACGACGAAGAUAUAAGUGAGCUAAUUAGUCCACUCCUCCGCGACUUAGGUGGCUCUUUAUUCGAUUUUCAAACCACACCUAAUCGCGAUGAUCAGCAGAGUGAUCAGAGCUCAAUAGAAUAUUUAUUAGAUGAAGACGAUAUAAGUGAGCUAAUUAGUCCACUCGUCCGGGACUUAGAAAGCUCUUUAUUCGAUUUUCAAACCACACCAAAUAGUGAUGACCAGCAGAGUGAUCAGAGCUCAAUGGAAGAUUUAUUAGACGACGAAGAUAUAAGCGAGCUAAUUAGUCCACUCGUCCGUGACUCUUUAAUCGAUUUUCAAACGUUGUUCUAAUGAAGAGUAAAGACAUAUCUGGGUUUGUUAAAUUGAGUGAUAUGAAGAUUAUAAAACAUUAGAAAACAAGGCUUAAAGGUUCAGAUGAAUCAUUAUAUAAAAAAAAUAAAGAAUUUAUG